UCAGUAUGUGUAGCAGCUACAGCACAUCGAGGUUCUCUCUCGGUGGAAGACCGCGUCCGAGUGACAGCCCGUCUCCGCUCUUACCUUACUCACUCAACCCAAGUGCCAUGGAGGACUCGACUAGUUGACGUUUCCUGCUCCAACCUUCUCUUUUUAAGCUUUCUUCCCGUCUGAUCAACGUGUUCUCGACCCGGUUUAUUGACGCUUUGAACGACUUUGACGAGCUUUGACCAACCGAAAAUCAUGAAGUACAUCAUCGGCAUCGGCGGAGUGACCAACGGAGGGAAAACCACCCUCACCAACAGACUGAUCAAAAACCUACCCAACUGCUGUGUGGUCCAUCAGGAUGACUUCUUCAAGCCCCAAGAUCAGAUUGAAGUUGGUGAAGAUGGCUUUAAGCAGUACGAUGUCAUUACUGCUUUGGACAUGGACGCCAUGAUGAGUACGAUCUACGCAUGGCUGGAGAACCCGGUGAAGUUUGAGAAGUCUCACGGCGUGAAUAACACCUUGGAUACUGAGAUUGUGCCAAAGUCUGACCACGAGGAGGAGGAAACCCACAUCCUCAUCGUGGAAGGCUUCCUGCUUUACACCUACGAACCUUUGAUCGACGUGCUUAACCAACGCUACUUUAUUUCCAUCCCGUAUGAAGAAUGCAAAAAGAGGAGGGGCUCAAGAAACUACCUGGUGCCAGACCCGCCCGGCCUGUUCGACGGCCACGUCUGGCCCAUGUAUCUGAAACACAAGAACAUCAUGGAGGAAUCGGCUGUUGACGUCUUGCAGCUGGAUGGGAAGUUGUCCAAGGAGCAACUUUUCAACUUUGUCUACGGCAACAUCCUGAAUAACAUCCAAAAAUCUCUCUAACAAAGGUCAUCAGAUCGGCUUAAGGAAGCAUAUACUCAACCAGCAAGCAGAAGAACUCCUUUCCUUUAAGUUUUUUUUUUACCUGGCAGCUCAUCUAGCUGACUGCUAUGCUGUAUUUCUUUUUUUUUUUUUUUUUUUU